AUGGCUCCUUGUUGUCGCCACCGCGCCAACUCCGCCAUCGCCUUCCGCUCUUCCCACUUAGCUGUCGCCGCCACGAUUCCCUCUCGAAGCGCCCUCGCCUCUAGGAGACGACCGCUCCGCGCACCGCUCGCGCUGGCCCUCGGCGCUCUUCACUCCCUCGCUCUCAACUUCUUCGCUCUCCUCUGCCUUGUUCUGCUCGCCGUCUCCCCUCUCGCCUCCGCUCGCUCCCUCGACAAUGCGCCGCCAGCUUAUCCCCCUACACCUGAUCCCAUCUUUGAGUCGACUCAAAAGCCUGUGCAGCCGUCUUUUGAGACAUCCAAAAGACAGCCUGUGCAGCCGUCUCAAAAGCUGUCUCCAUACCCAAUCUUCACCUUUUUGAGACGUCUCAAAACACCUGUGCAGCCGUCUUUUGAGACAUCCAAAAGACAGCCUGUGCAGCCGUCUUUUGAGACAUUUCAAAAGCUGUCUCCAUACCCAAUCUUCACUUUUUUACACCCUUUUCCUCCACCUCCCGUUGCCCCUUACCCUUCCCUUUCUCCCUUCCCCGUUCUCCCUUUCUGUUUCUUCCUUCUCCCUCCCUCCUUCGCCCUUCUCCCUUCCCACUCCCCCCUUCCCACUUCCCCUUUCUCCCUUUCUACUUCCCCUUUCUCCCUUUCUACUUCCCCUUUCUCCCUUUCUACUUCCCCUUUCUCCCUUUCUACUUCCCCUUUCUCCCUUCCUUCUUCCCCCUUCCCCCUUCCCCCUUCCCCACACACAACCGCAGCCCCCUCUCCGCCCCCUCCCAAGGGGGGCUACGACUACCCCUGUCUAUGGAAGGACGUCUCCAAUCCUCACCUCUCCACACCCCUCUAUACCUCUCCACACCUUCCCCACACAGCUGCGGUCCCCCCUCCCUCCCCUCCCUCUGGCGGCUACGACUACACCUGCCUAUGGAAGGACGUGUCGAAGACCAACUGCAGCGAAAAGAGCGUAGGGCCGUGGGGCAUCCUCACCUUCAUCGUGCUCCUCGUAGCCGCCGGGCUCAUCAUCGUGCUCCUCGUAGCCGCCGGGCUCAUCAUCGUGCUCCUCGUAGCCGCCGGGCUCAUCAUCGUGCUCCUCGUAGCCGCCGGGCUCAUCAUCGUGCUCCUCGUAGCCGCCGGGCUCAUCAUCGUGCUCCUCGUAGCCGCCGGGCUCAUCAUCGUGCUCCUCGUAGCCGCCGGGCUCAUCAUCGACAUCUCGAAGACCAACUGCAGCGACAAGAGCAUCAGGCCGUGGGGCAUCCUCACCUUCCCAACACUCAGCUGUUGCCCCUUCCCCUUCUCCCUUCCCCCUUCCCUACACGCAGCGGUGGUCCCCCCGCCACCCCCUCCCUCGCCUCCCUCUGGCGGCUACGACUACACGUGUCUGUGGAAGGACGUCUCGAAGACCAACUGCAGCGACAAGAGCAUCGGGCCGUGGGGCAUCCUCACCUUCAUCGUCCUGGUGGUAGCCGCUGGUCUCAUUAUCUGCACGCCCUUCUUCAUCCUCUACCGGCAAACUCAGCGCGGGUCCCGCAAGCUGCGUAUCUGCUGCUGCGGGAGAAAGUAUCCGGAAUAUGCGGAGGCGGAGGCGAGAGCUGCUGCGCAGUCGUCUGAUAUGCCGCGGCCGCCUGAAGUGUCAAAGUUCAGAAGCAUGAGCACAAGCUCAAGCACGGAGAAGACAUAG